AAAAAAAUUCAUUUGAAAAUAUGAAUUUUUUAAUGUGGCUCUUAAAAUAAAAAAAAUUAAAAACAAGUAUUAGUAGCAGUCUUAAAUCUACAUAUAUAGUAUAUGUACGUACAUAGGUACAUACUCCCAAAGAGCAUAAGAAACAGUACAAAACGAAAUUAGGAAAAUCUUAUCACCAAUUGCUUGACCGCAGUUGAAAAAAUGGCGCGCAAUACAAAAUAAUGUAGACAACGGACGUUUCAAGCAUAAAUAAAGAAAACAAAGAGCAUGAAAAGAGUAAUUUUCACACUAAAUAUUAAUACUAUGCGCAAAUAUACAGUGUUGUACACUAAAAUGGAGAUAAUUUUAUAUAAUUGUUUUGAUUUAAAAAAUGCCUGAAAUCUUUGAUUUCAACUUUGUGAACGUCUUAAAAUUUUGAUGUUCCUCUGUUAAAAAAAAAAAAUUAUUAAUACCGUUUAUAUAUGGUAACCAAAGAUUAGCAGGAAGUAGACUAAAAAGACACAGAGAUUUCAAAAACACCUAUACUCGUACAAUGAAGCCUGUUACUCACAGUUAAAUGCCAACACAGCGAACGCCUCUGCAUGGAUGAUUUUCACAGAAAAGAUCCUUCUCUCUCCCCGUGAAUUGCGUUCAAUGAGGUCUGAUGAUUCAAGAUUAUAGCGAACUCUCAUCUCUAUGGUUGAUUUUCUCACUGUGAGUUCACGACUCCACUAAUACACACUUGCAAUCAUGACGAACGCCCUUAGUCGCAUCCUGACGCCUGUUGACUGCACCUGCAAAGAUUUCAAUCAUCCAUGGACGGAUAGCUGUGCAAAUGCAUCAGCGGGCAUCUUACUGGGCGCAAUACCAUACAGCUUGCGCAUCUACACAUUUGUCUAUGCGUUAUCACUCAUAAUGCGCCAUCGCAUACCAAACCUUACCGACCUUAAACGCACCCUACUCGGCAUAUUACAAUCGUCCGCCUUCCUCGCCUCCAAUAGCUAUUCAUUCAUUAUGUUUAAUUGCCUGUUACGUAAAUUAAUCGGUCACUAUUAUUGUGCCACUGUUGCUUUCGUACCCUGUUUUAUCUCCAGUUUUGCGUCGAUACUGGUCGAACGACCAGCACGUCGUCCUCUGUUAACACUGUACGUAGCGAAUUUGGCUACGGAGACGCUCUGGCAAAUGGCCGAGGUACGCGGUUAUGUGCGUUCGAUACCACAAGGACAAGCUCUAAUCUUCGGCAUUAGCAUAUCAACACUAUUGUAUCUCUAUCGUUUAGGUCUACAUAAGACGGCGUGUAAAGAUUCAUUAUUCAAUAUAUUACGUUUCUUUGUCGGUAAAACGGAAGAAGGACCGAUCGUGCCGAAAGAGCCGGAGGCGCCUACACCGCAACGAUCGCGUGCACCACUCGAUUUCCGAAGCAUAAAUGUAUUGGUCCAGCUGUAUGCACGCUUUUUGGAUGCGGCGAAGAGUCGACACCCCUCAUGUCCACAUCGUGCUAAUUGUUGGCAGUAUGCGUUUGUGGGUGGUAUCAAGCCUUUCGUCGGCGGUGUGGGUCUGCAAGUGGCAUUGCGUUUAAUUAUGAAUUUAAAGAAAAUUGUACAAAUGAAAUUCGAUGUGCGGAAGUCUAUAUUUAGAAAGCAGACACUGGAUUUGGGAAUAUUUUUGGGUUGCUUCUCAUUCAUAUACAAGGGUGUUUCGUGUACCUUGCGGCAUAGCUUUGGACGGGAUGAUCCACUCUUCGCCAUACCAGCUGGUCUGUUGGCCAGCGUGUCCUUCACUAAAUAUCCCGAUGUAACGGUGGCAUUGUAUGUUAUGUGGAAAGCAUUGCAAAUAAACUACAAUUUAGGCAUUAAGGAAGGCAUUCUUCCGCAUGUAUCCGGCUUUACGCUAUUCUUGUAUUCCUUCUGUACGGCUGUACUCUUUCAUGCAGGCAUUCUCGAACCGAAGACCAUACGACCGAGCUACUUUAAAUUUCUACAUGAGAUUUUCGGAGAAAGAUUUAACCGCUUCAAUUUGGAACCCUUCAAUAUCUAUGGUCAAAAUGCGAGCGAACAGAUGAAAGAGGUUUCGCGACAGCUAAAUCUUGUUAAUAAAUCACCAUUGCCAAAGUUCUCACUUGCCUCAUGGAAAUAAUAUAUACAAAUAAAUAAUAUA